AUGAGCAUUGCUACUUCUACAGAAUAUACCAGUGGAUGGAAUGAGACAAAUAAUGAUGGAUCUGAUACGCCACAUUAUCUUGUCGAUUUGACCGAAAGACAUUUAUCCAACUUUGAGAUUCUGAAUUCCUUAGCUUUGUUACAAAAUUAUGAAAAUCUGUUCACAUUCAUUGAAUGCCAGGUUUACGGUAAUCUAGUAACUGGAUCUGUUCAGGCUUUGCUAGUGCCUCCUUUCGAUAUAUGGUUGAUUAUUUUGACUAUAGCCACUGUUUCGACAGCUAGUAAAGACGAAAUUCUGCGAGAAAAUGAUACUUAUAACCCCUCGAGAAUACCUUUGAACAAACGUGCAAUCAAAUUAUUACAUGUGUACAGUAGUAUACUUACGAAUUUCAAUGUAAAGAAAUAUAACCAAUAUGAUCUCGAAUUAUUGCGAUGCCAGAUAUUUAUAGUAGUGGAUACACUCCUACCCCAAACAGAUGGAAAUAUAUUUGCAAGUACCUCAGGUCGAACUUUAAGAAAUCGAGUUUAUAGUCCGACAUUUGGGAAAUUAAAGAAUCCAUAUUUAUCGUAUAGGGAUUGUUUACAACAGAUUGAUAACGUUUUAGGUAAUAAGUUGAUAAAUGCAAAAUUCUCCCAGCCAGGUGAAAUGAUCAACACCUUUAUCUUUACCCUGUCAAAUUCAUUACUAGGAAACUCAGAUGAUAAUACCGAAUUCUUAAAUGUAACUGAGUCGUGGCUUCCCAUUUUUAAUUUUUUAUUGGAUAUGAUACUUCUGCGUCAGAAUUAUUUCAUCGAAAAUGAAACGGCAAAAGCAGGCUCCACAAUAUCGCCAACUUUAUUUACACAGCAGCUAAUUGAAAGUCCUAUAUCUAAAUUCCUCAGAAUUAUUAAUUCUGCCCAAUUCACGGAACGUUUUAUUGAAUAUAUCUUUAUCGAUUGUCCCGAUAAGAAAAAACAAAGCAGCUUCGUAAAUGAAGUUAAUUCGAAUAAUGUACUCAGGCUUUCAAGUACAUAUGUUACAAGAACAUUCUAUCCACCUGAAUAUGUAUUGCAACGUUCUAUGAGCUUAAGAAGACAAUUUACAUUUUUGGCGUUUCAUCUAUUGUCUAUUGUUCCAGGCGGUCACACGAUGAUUUCGCCAAAGGUAGAUAUUCAAACACUUGUACAAGCUAUAUCUGUGGAGCUUUGUUCAUUGAUUGAUAUUUCAGAUUAUCAGGCAUUUCUAUUUUCAGAUAAUUUAGAAAGGGAUAUUGUUUUUAUCCCAUUGCUUGCUGAAGCCGUUUUUAAUAAUUUAACAGAAAUUAAUAAUGAUAUAUUUGACUGGGAGAAGUUACAUUUAGCUAGACAAGAUACAGGCCAUAGCUCCAAUGAUAGAGGUAGUAUUCCUGAUAAGAUAUAUAAGGUCAAUUUUGUUAACAAACUCGAUACAAUUGAGCGGGCUCUCAAAGAAUACAUUGCAGCUCUAAAUAUACUCCAAAUGUCAAUAGGCAUAAUGCCUAAAAAAGCUAGACAAGAAGAAUAUGAUAUCAAACUGAAAUGCUGUAUAUGUAUUCUGACUGUUUUCGACUUUUUCUGUUUGUUACAUGUGCCUCAACUGGAGGUGAGCAAAGAUGACACCCUCAGGAAUUUUUCAGAGACUCUUAACUCACUGCUAGAAAAUUUCGAGCAAUCAUGUGUUGAGUACGAUAUAGAGCCAUAUCAUAAAAACAUAAUUAACAAAACAUUAGUUAAACUAUCUGCCAUUGUUAAUUUUUAA